AUGGGAUCUCUCAAAGUUGGAGGACUACUUUUCACGCUGUUUCUCCAUCUGGCUCACUGCACCACCACCAGAUAUUUCACGUACGAAGAAGACGCACCCGGAACACAAAUAGGAAACUUGUCUCAGGAUUUGAAGAUCGACCCGGCUGAGGACCCCGACACUUCGUUCCGCUUCAUGCAAGAAAGCAGCUCGUCUGUAAUUCAGAUGAGAGAGAUUGACGGACUUUUGAGCGUGGCGGAGCGAAUAGACAGAGAGCAGCUUUGCCCCAGGACGCCCCGUUGCCUCAUCUCCUUUGACGUCGUCGCCUUCAUCAAAGAGAAAUUCCAGCUUAUCCACGUUGAAAUCGAGGUGAAAGACAUCAACGACCACGCUCCAGUUUUCCCGCAAAACCAGACGCGCAUUGAAAUAGUUGAGAAUGUCCCAGUGAACUCCCGAUUCCCACUAGACAUCGCUUUGGAUCAAGAUGUGGGCGAAAACUACAUUGAAAGUUACAAUAUCAGCGCGUCUACUCACUUUGCCAUUGAAGUGCGCGACCGUGAUGAUGGCGUGAAGUAUGCCGAGCUGGUCCUGAUACACGAGCUAGACAGAGAAGUUGAGGAUUCCUACACCCUUGAAGUAACCGCGUCAGACGGGGUGCCUUCAAAAUCAGGCUCCGUGACGAUUUAUAUCAAAGUUUUGGAUUUCAACGACAACAAACCUACUUUUGAACACACUUCGCUAAAAGUUGAGCUGAACGAGGACUCCCCUGUCGGCCACAGAGUUUUGCGCGUGCACGCCUUCGACCCCGACGACGGCGUGAACGGAGAGGUGACGUACGCGUUCGCAGAUGGACUCUCACCUGAGGCGCGCAAACUUUUCAACAUCGACUUUUACACCGGGGACGUGACCCUAAAAUCCCCGGUGGACUACGAGAAAAGGAAAUCAUACGAACUGAAUAUUAAAGCGUCUGACUUGGGGGAUAACUCUCUCUCCUCCAGCUGCAAAGUUUUCAUAGACGUAGUGGACGUGAACGACAACGCACCGGAGAUCAUCAUCAAGCCAAUGACGUCCACGAGUGACGGCGUGGCGUACAUCACGGAGGCUGCGGCCGCGGAGAGUUUUGUGGCGCUCAUCAGCACCUCGGACAGCGACUCUGGCUCCAACGGGUACGUGCGCGUCUCCCUCCUCGGGCACGAGCAUUUCACCCUGCAGCAAGCCUACGGGGAUACUUUUAUGAUCAUCACCACCACCACGCUUGACAGAGAGAAGAUUCCUGAGUACAACCUGACCGUGGUGGCUGAAGACCUGGGCAGCCCUCCUUUUAAAACAGUAAGACAGUACACCAUUCGUGUCACAGAUGAGAAUGACAACGCACCGCUGUUUAGUAAACCUCUUUAUGAAGUUGGAGUGAUUGAAAACAACAUCCCUGGUUCCUAUGUGAUGACAGUUGUGGCCCGUGACCUUGAUAUAGCCAAGAACGCGAAAGUUUCAUACAAACUUAUAGAUUCAGAAGUGCCAGGAGGAUCCCCAGUGUCUACGUACGUGUCAGUAGAUUCCGUUAGCGGCUCUGUCUACACUUUAAGAUCAUUUGACUACGAAUCUCUAAAGCAAAUUGAGUUGGUCAUCCAGGCAGAAGACAGCGGCUCCCCCUCCCUGUCCAGCACCUCCACCAUCCGCAUCAAAGUGGUCGACCAAAACGACAACGCCCCUUACUUCACCUACCCCAUUCUUGUUAACGACUCUGCCGACAUUGGCCUGCCAUUCAACGCGCCCGCCGGUUACCUGGCCCUCCGCUUGGCCGCCUUCGACGAAGACGAGGGCGUGAAUAGUGAGCUGUCCUACCAGAUCGUUCAAGGUGACCCCAAACUAUUCACUAUUAACAAAAACAACGGAGAAAUCGCCUUAAAACAAUACCUGACCGCCGAGAUAGGAGACGUGCUCGAAAUGCAAAUUAAGGUGACAGACAGUGGCAGGUCUCCGCUCUUCAGCACUGCCUCUAUCAGAUUCAUAGUCUCAGAUAUGGAAGCCUCAGAGGACCAAGUUGUCAUUGUGCUACAGUCGAAUGAUGAAGGCAUAGACUGGGACGGCUCACUCAUUAUUAUUAUAGUCCUCAGUGGGGGUUGCGCACUGCUGUUGAUUGCCAUAGUAGUCGUAGCGGUCACGUGUAGACUCAGCUGUGGCCCUAGAACCCGGCCUUCGAAAAGUGACACCCUGUUUACCAGCGUUCCCAGCGAAAUCAUCUCCUCCAACAUCUACACGGGUCACCAGAACUUCUACCACGAGCGCACGUCUUCAUCCCUGGAGGAAAGCUGCUUGUACGAGGAAGGGAAGAGUGGCGAUUCUGAGACAAAGAUGUUCCUGCCCUCCAAGCGUUUCCAACCAGCAUCCGUGUGGCAAGGCGACAAAUACAGCCUUCAAGUGAGUGGCAUCGGACACACUGACCAGCAGAGCAUGAAGGACAGCGGCAAAGGUGACAGCGACUUCAAUGAUAGCGACUCUGAUAUUAGCGGUAGUGAUGGCAGGAGAAACUUCAGCACCUUUCACCCGAGAAUGAAAAGUAUAUCCAGUGGAGCCAGCAGCCUGUGCGGAGAGAGCCAGAUGUACUGCAGUGCUCUCCCUCCACAGUGCAUCAGAACAGGCAGCGACAGCUCAUACACUACAAUGGGCUUCCCUCCGGCUCCUGCCUUGUGCCUUCCCCAGGGCUACCCCACCGCCGCUUAUGGCACCAACCGGCCCAAAUCCAGGACCAGCGGGCACAGCGGGCACAGCUUCACGCGCACGGGGACUCUGCCUUCUUACUUCUCUCAGCAGCACCGCCAGCAGCAGCACACCAUGGGGAACGCUGCCCUGCACAAGCAAAGACCAAACAUAGUAACUGUUGCUUCUGCCUACGAGGUCGCCACUAUGUUUUAA